UCAGUCGUAAAAGGGAAAGGAAGUUCUCCCUAUGCGAUAGCCGAGGCGAGAUGGAAGACAUUGAGGAUUUGCUCGCAGGAAGCGGCGGAGGAUCACCGCCCGGUUUCCGGCUGCCGCUAACGGCGGCGGUCGUCGGAGUCAAUCCCAAGCAGCGGAAGAGGAGUGGUCUCCGGAAGUCCACCUUUCCCCAAGAUUUACCCCCGAGUACCGCCAAUCAGACCCCCAAAAUCCCAGGCACUGAGACAAUUUAUGUAAAGACAUUCGGCUGUUCGCAUAACCAGAGUGACUCGGAAUAUAUGGCCGGUCAGCUUUCUGCAUUUGGUUAUGCUUUGACUGAUGACCCCAAUGAGGCAGACCUGUGGCUAAUAAACACCUGCACAGUUAAAUCCCCUAGUCAGUCUGCCAUGGAUACUCUUUUAACUAGAGGGAGAAAUGCAAAAAAGCCACUGGUUGUGGCAGGGUGUGUGCCUCAAGGAAGCCGCAAUUUGAAAGAACUGGAAGGCGUUAGUAUAGUUGGGGUUCAGCAGAUUGACCGUGUGGUAGAAGUUGUGGAAGAGACUUUGAAAGGUCAUGAAGUCCGCCUUCUAACCCGUAAAACAUUACCAGCACUUGACCUGCCGAAGGUGAGGAAGAAUGAGUUCAUUGAGAUUCUUCCAAUUAAUGUUGGAUGUUUAGGUGCAUGCACAUAUUGCAAGACAAAACAUGCCCGUGGUCAUUUAGGAAGCUACACUGUUGAAAGUCUUGUGGGACGGGUCAAAAAUGUUGUUGCUGAUGGAGUGAAGGAGAUCUGGUUGAGUAGUGAAGACACUGGGGCAUAUGGUCGUGAUAUUGGAGUUAAUCUUCCAAUUCUGUUAAAUGCUAUAGUUUCUGGGCUUCCCUCAGAUGGAAGCACAAUGCUUCGCAUUGGGAUGACUAAUCCUCCUUAUAUCCUUGAACACUUGAAGGAAAUAGCUGAUGUUUUGCGUCAUCCGUGUGUUUACUCUUUUCUUCAUGUACCCGUUCAAUCUGGAAGUGAUGCCGUCUUGAGUGCAAUGAAUCGUGAAUACACUGUAGCAGAGUUCAGGAAGGUGGUGGAUACAUUAACUGAACUAGUCCCUGGAAUGCAGAUUGCCACAGAUAUAAUAUGUGGAUUUCCUGGUGAAACUGAUGAAGAUUUUGCUCAGACUGUUAACCUUGUUAGGGAUUAUCAGCUUCCUCAAGUUCAUAUAUCACAGUUUUAUCCCAGACCUGGAACUCCUGCUGCAAGGAUGAAGAAAGUUCCUAGUAAUGUGGUGAAGAAUCGAAGUCGUGAGUUAACUGCUGUAUUUGAGUCGUUUACUCCAUAUACUGGAAUGGAGGGCAAAGUUGAAAGGAUAUGGAUUACAGAUAUCGCUUCUGAUGGAGUUCACUUGGUGGGACACACAAAGGGAUACAUUCAGGUGCUGGUGGUUGGUCCUAGGAGCAUGCUGGGAUCCUCGGCUAUCGUAAAGAUAACAUCAGUAGGAAGAUGGUCAGUUUUCGGAGAAGUGAUCGAGGUCCUUACCCAAAAUAACCGGGAUAGAAACAAAGCCAGAGGGUCUCCUUGCACCAACUCACAUGAAAACUGUGCAUGUUCCAAAGAGCCAGAGUCAUGUGCCUGUGCCUCAACUUCUUGCUGUCAAACUGAAACUACAGUUCCAAAGAACGACUCGAGACAAGUCGACAAACAAAACGCAAACCUCAUUGGGUGGUUGCUCAGGAAGCGGAAGAACCAUUUGCAUAGAAAGGAGGCCGAGACAGUACUACAUGAAUCUAAGAACAUUCAAGGAGUGUCAACCAGUCACGCUACGGUCACGUUAUCAAGUGGAAUCGUUUUCGGUUUAUUGACAUUAAUAGCACUAUUAUUGUUUCUGGGCUUCAUGAAUUUGUCAUCCAACUGAAUCCUUGUCUGCAGUAUACUGUUUUGAAAGACUCAAGUUUGAGAGAGUAGUCAGGACUAUAGAGCAUACUACUAGGUUUCUUGCCAAAGCUGGAAUUUUUAUUAUUAUUUUUUUCAAUUCUUGCAAAAAGCAACAAUUUUGUAUCUGUUGAGUUUUGACAAAUUGUAAUUUAUGCACAUUGUUAGAA